AUGUCUGGGCGGGGCAAGAAGCCGGCAAAGCCUGCAAUCAAGGUAAAAAAAAGCAAAAGUGCAAGAGCUGGCUUGCAGUUCCCAGUGGGCCGCAUUGGACGUCUUUUGAGACGGGGUCGGUAUGCAGAAAGAGUGGGUGUUGGCGCCUCGGUGUACAUGGCUGCCGUGUUGGAAUAUCUGACUGCAGAGCUACUGGAGCUGGCGGGAAAUGCUGCUCAUGAGAACAAGAAGCAACGAAUUGGGCCACGCCACAUCCAGUUGGCGAUCAGAAGCGAUGAUGAGUUGAACAAGCUGUUUGCACAUGUGACCAUUGCGGAAGGUGGAGUUCUCCCCAACAUCCAUACCCAGCUUAUUCCCAAGAAGACUCUGCAGCGUAAGGAAGCCACAGGACACCCCGAAUCCCAGGAAUUAUAA